CCUCCAUCCCAAACACACUUAUAUACAAACACACACAUAGAGUCAUCGUUCAUCGUUGUCUGUUGUCCGUCAUCCGUCAGUCAUGCACAGCAAAGAACAAAUCAGUCAUGAUGAAUACCAGAAGACAGCUGACUGGCUGUUAUCUCAGACGAAGCACCGGCCCCAGGUGGCGAUCAUCUGUGGGUCUGGACUGGGCAUGCUCGCUGACACCCUCAAGUGUCAAGACUCCUUCAAUUAUUCUGACAUACCAGGCUUCCCACAGAGCACAGUGCAGGGUCAUGCAGGUCGGCUGGUUUUCGGUGAACUGAAGGGGAAGACGUGUGUCUGCAUGCAGGGUCGCUUCCACAUGUAUGAAGGACAUUCACUCUGCAAGACAACAUUUCCGGUCCGGGUCUUCAAGCUGCUGGGAGUGCAGACUCUGAUCGUGACAAAUGCUGCUGGCUCAUUGGCCGACGGCCUCCAGCCUGGUGACAUCAUGAUUAUCAAAGACCACAUCAACUUCCCUGGACUGGCCGGUCUGAACCCACUGUGUGGACCCAACAACGACAAAUUCGGGCCUCGUUUCCCAGCCAUGUCAGGUUGCUAUGACAAAGGCCUGUGUUGCAUAGCAAUGGAGAUCGCCAAAGAGUUAGGCGUGGCCAGCCUCAUACAGGAUGGCGUGUAUGCCAUGGUGGGUGGGCCAAACUUUGAAAGCAUCGCUGAGGCCAGACUGUUACAUCGACUCGGGGUGGACGCUGUCGGUAUGAGUACGGCUCCUGAGGUCGUUGUAGCGACUCACUGCGGUCUGAGAGUCUUUGGCCUCUCUCUGAUCACCAACAAGGUGGUGAAGAGUUACGAAGACUGUGACAGUGUGAACCAUGAGGGCGUCCUGGAGGUUGGCCGGCUGCGCUCUAAUACUGUGCAGCAGCUGGUGACUGAACUGAUCAGCAGGAUGGAUAUCAAUAACAACACCAAUGAUGCUGUCUGAACACACAUAAACAUACACACUGUGUAUAUAUUUGACUGUUGUAUUUACAUCAUUUUUACAGAGCUUUCUCCUAUUUUCUAUUAUCAUCCUUCAUUUUCUUUUUUUACUUUUGCUGUAAUAAAAACUUUAUUUAUAUCAACAUGGUGCCUAAAAACUCUCUAUCAGGGUAAAUUUGAAUGUAAGUAUUCAUUUAUGAUAUUUUAUGUUAAUCCUACAGAUUAAUAUAACAUGCCCGCUGUGUUUGAUGGUGCUUUAAUAUAUGAGACUGUAAGACAGAGGUUUUUCUAAAGAUUCUUAUCUUGUAUAUUGCUCCUGUUGAAUUAUGGGAUUUUAUUUUGUAAAAACAUAAAAAUAUCACUGACCUUCUGAUCCGCGUUAAUCUGAU